AUGGCACCUGGCAUCCCCACUGAUCAGUGUUCCUUCUCCUGCCAGGACAGCACCGUCAGGAUGCACAGCCUCUUUGGAGGGCUUGUGACAGCCCUUGUGAUGACGUUUGGGACAGUGACAGCAUAUGGGCCAAUACCACGCAUCAACUGGAAUCUUGAAGAGGUAGAUCUGAUGGAGUUUCAUGAACCAGGCAUCUUCAACUACUCAGUUUUGCUGCUCAGUGAAGACCAGAACACACUGUACGUGGGGGCCCGGGAGGCCAUCUUUGCAGUGAACGUAUUCAACAUUUCUCAGAAGCAGAAUGAGGUAUACUGGAAGGUCUCACAAGGCAACCGAACAGAGUGCUUAAAAAAAGACCCAUCAAAAGAAGCAGAAUGCUUCAACUUUAUCCGGGUACUGCAGCCCCUCAAUGCCAACUUGCUCUAUGUGUGUGGAACCAAUGCAUACCGGCCCAUUUGUGACCACCUGAACUUAGCAUUCUUUAAGUUUCUGGGAAUAAAUGAAAAUGGCAGAGGAAAGUGUCCUUACAGCCCUACCUAUAGCUCUACAUCUGUCAUGCUUGAUGGACAGAUUUAUGCAGGGACAGCAACUGAUUAUUUUGGAAAACUGCAGGUUAUCUCUCGAUAUUCUCACAUACAUCCUGUGCGGACAGAAUAUGACACCAAUUUGUUAUACGAACCUAACUUCGUCUUUGCUGAUGUGAUUCGAAAAAGCCUGGAUGGUCCCGAGACUGACAAUGACAAGGUCUACUUCUUCUUCACCGAAGUGUCUGUGGAAUAUGACUUCUUUUACAAGUUAACGAUCCCCCGAGUUGCAAGAGUGUGCAAGGGAGACGUGGGUGGCCAGAGAAACUUGCAGAAGAGAUGGACCUCCUUCCUGAAGGCCAAGCUGAUCUGUUCCCAGCCAGACCCGGGCCUGAUCUUCAACACGGUGCAAGAUGUUUUUGUGCUGCGAACCCCAGAUCUCAAGGAGACAAUAUUCUAUGCCCUCUUCACCCUGCGGAUGGACAAGUUGGGGCUAGUGCAAUUGUCAGCCGUCUGUGCCUACACACAGUCCAAAAUAGAGGAAGUCUUCUCCCAAGGGAACUACAUGGGGUUUGAGGGCACAUGGAUGCCCUACAAUGGCCCAAUACCCACCCCUCGGCCAGGCGCGUGUACCAACAGUGAAGCACAUGGAAGCAACUACACCAGCUCUAUGAAUUUACCAGAUGAGACAGUACAGUUUGUCAGAGAUCACCCUUUGAUGGACGACUCAAUAACUCCAAUAAAUGACAGGACUGAGUUUAUCAAAAAAGGUGUGAACUACACCCAGAUUGUGGUGGACAGGACCCAGGCUUUGGAUGGGAAAUUCUAUGAUGUCAUGUUUGUCAGCACAGAUCAGGGCACCCUGCACAAAAUUAUCAGACUUGAGAACGUUGCGCACAUGAUUGAGGAGACCCAGAUUUUCCAGAAAUCCGAACCUGUCCAAACCCUGGUGCUGUCUUCAAAGAAGGGCAGCAAGUUUAUCUACGCUGGCUCCCACGCAGGAGUGGUCCAGGUCCCCCUGGCCUUCUGCAGGAAGCACAGCAGCUGUGAGGACUGCGUGCUGGCGCGGGACCCCUACUGUGCCUGGAGCCCAACUGAGGGCACCUGCGAGGUUCUGCAUGAAACCCAAGGCCCAAACAGGGGCUGGAUUCAGGAUUUGAAUGGCAAUGUGUCCUCGUGUCCAGGUGACAGGGUAUUACGUUCCCAGUGGCAUAUUUCCUUCACUGGUAGCACAGCAUAUCUCAGAUGCUCCCUAAAGUCCAACAUGGCCUGGGCGAUAUGGAAGUUCCAGAAUCAUGUGAUAGAAACUAAUGAGGAUAAGUACAUUCUUAUAGAGAAGAAAAACCUGCUCAUCACCAACCUCUCCAUGAAAGACAGAGGGAGGUACCAGUGCCUGUCUGAAGAGUGGGUCAACAACAAGGCAGUUACUCAGGCACUCAACAGACACAUCCUGGAGGUGAAGCUGUGUUCAAUACCUUGCUCUCCUGAUGCUUUAGAAUCUGCCAGUGACCACAUGUGUGCAACAGCUUGUGACCCUCCAUAG